AAAGGAAACUGGCCCUGAGUUUGUGUUGGACAUCCAACAGAGUCGUGGAAACGCCAUCGAAAUCUGUCUCAUUGCGUCGCCUAUGGAAACGCUCGGCUCUCCUGCUGCUGCCAUGGUCUCCUCAUCUCCGUCUUCUCUCUCUAUCUUCUCUCCUAAGCGAAAAGAUUCUCCAGCAAGAAUCAUCCGCUUUCCCACCUCCUCCAAAAAGGACGGUAACGAUUCCGAUCUCCAAUCAGAUGCUAACAACACAAGCAUCGUCCCUCUUUUCGGCAAUCGAACCUUCUCUAAGGAUGAAGCGAUGGGGUUGGUUCUGAGCGCGGCGUCUGUAAGAGGGUGGACUACAGGAUCGGGCAUGGAGGGUCCAUCUGUACCCGCCAGAACCGACGACCAAUCCAAUACGGAGAAAGUCUCCACCUUCCCAUGGUCUCUCUUCACCAAGUCGCCACGUAGACGGAUGCGCGUGGCCUUCACUUGCAAUGUUUGCGGUCAACGAACGACUCGUGCCAUCAACCCCCACGCAUACACCGAUGGCACCGUCUUCGUUCAGUGUUGUGGAUGCAAUGUCUUUCACAAGCUGGUGGAUAAUUUGAAUCUGUUUCACGAGAUGAAAUGCUAUGUGAGUCCUAGCUUCAACUACAAAGGGGAUCGCCAAUGGGAUGUCGGAUUCAAGUUAUUUGGGGAAGAAGAAGAUGAUGAUAGCGGCAAUGUGUUUCCUAUAUGAUGUGAAGUGAUGGGUUAAUGGCUCAUACGGUGUACAUUUCUUUGCUCAUACUGGGAAACUGAUUUCAAUCGUGUUUGUAUAUAGCUUCACGUGUCUUAUUGUAAUUAAUAAGUUAUAGGGUUCUUUUCAGCUAAACAUGGGAUUUCCCCCAUUGAUUGCUGGCUAUUUAUAAUGAAAAACAUAGAAACAAUGCUUAGUCAGUAUAAUAAAAGUAUGAUUGGACAUUCUGCUCA